AAAAAAUAUGGAAGAUUCCCGACAGUCAAAAUCUACCAAGAAUAACACGAAGUGGGGCAUCAAGGUGUUUCAAGAAUGGAACCGACAAAUGGUGGGGGAGGAUGUGGACCUUAGCUCCAUAGGUGUAGGUGACUUGUGUCUAAAACUACGACAAUUCUAUGCAGAGGCCACACCAAAAAAAGGCCAAGAAUACCACAAAAAUACAUUGGUAAAUGUUCGAGCAGCCAUUAACAGACACCUGAAUGAUAUAGGCAGGUUUGAUGUUGACAUUGUCAGAGACAGGUCAUUUAAAAGUGCCAACACCAUACUAGACGCAAAAUUAAAGGCGAAUGUGAGGGAUGGCACUUCAAAGCCGACAGAACACAAAAAGAUAAUAUGCAAAGAGGACAUGGUCAAAAUAAACACUUACCUCACAGAAGAAAAUCCAGUCCUUCUACGUUACCGGGUCUGGUUGAACUUGGCAAUGCAUUUCGUCAGCAGGGGACUCGAAUUUCACAUACAAUUGACACCGCGGUCGUUUAAAUUUCUCACAGACGAAAAUGACAGGGAAUAUGUUGUACUGAACCAUGAAACAACACAAAAAAACAAACAAGGUGGACUCAAUAAUGCCGAAGCACCAUCGGCGGACAAACGUAUGUACUCCACAUGUCAACAAUGCCCAGUGAAAUCCCUGAGGAAUUUGAUAUCCAAAACAGACCCCGAGGCGAAAUCCUUGUUAAAUCACUGUACGAAGGAAGCCAUGUUAUUACCCGGUACAGAGGAAGUAUGGUUCUCCACAAAGCCUGUAAAACAGUACCAGUUCGCCCGGUUCAUGGGUGACAUUUCCAGGAACGCUAAGUGCACACAGCUGUACACCGCACACUGCCUGCGGGCAACGGCGAUACAAGCCAUGAGUGAUGCCGGAUUUGAUUUACGUCAUAUAAUGUUUAUUAUGGAAAGCCGGUACGACAUGCUUAUUGCGAAAUGCUAA